ACCACCCAGUCAGAGCUCGACACAGCCCAUUAGGAAAUCCCUGGAGGACGAGGAUAUAUAUCCCUACCCCAGAGCCGAGCACACUGAGGUGACAGGACGCCGCAGCCUUCCCCACACAAGGAGCAACGAGGUAGAAAAUGCUGAGCUGCAGGCUGCCAAGCGCUGGGCCUGAGGCCCCCGGGCCCUGUGUCCUCUGGAAGUUGCUGGGAGCGAUGCUCGUCUUGUGCCUGUGCAUGGUGUGCGCCUCUGCCUCCCCCACGCAGCCCGAGGGACACAAAGUGGCCGCAGAAAACUGCCAGUAUCGUGGCAAGCAUUUUAAAACCAGCUUCAAGGUGGAAGGGGAACCUGUGGUUCUGAGGUGCCCCCAGGUGCGGUAUUGGUUGGGGGCCUCUGCCAGGCCUCAUGUCAACAUGACGUGGCAUAAGAACGAUUCGGCUCCGGUGGCCCCAGGGAAGGACGGGCCACGAGUGUGGGUCCAGGAUGGCGCUCUCUGGCUGGUGCCAGCUGUGCAGGGGGACUCGGGCACCUACAUCUGCACUGUCAGAAACGCCUCUUACUGUGAUGAAAUGUCCAUUGAGCUCAGGGUUUUCGAGAACACAGAAGCGUCCCUGCCUGUCGUCUCUUACCCCCAGAUUCUAACCUUCGCGACCACUGGGUCCUUAGUUUGCCCUGAACUGAGUGAAUUCACCACCAACAAAGCUGACAUGAAGAUUCAGUGGUAUAAGGAUUCUGUCCUCUUGGAUGAAGACAACGAGAAGUUCUCGAGCGUGAGGGGAACGGCUCGCCUGCUGAUCCACAACGUGUCGGCGGCGGACGCGGGCUCCUACCGCUGCGCCCUGGCCUUCGGCCGCCGCGGCCGGCGCUACACCGUCACCAGGCACAUCCAGCUGCGCGUCAACAGAAAACAAGAGGAGACGAUCCCUGUGAUUAUCUCGCCGCACCAGACCAUACUGGCGUCGCUGGGGUCGACACUGGCAAUCCCGUGCAAGGUGUUUCUGGGAGCCGGCACACACUCGACCACCAUGCUGUGGUGGAUGGCCAACAACACCAGCGUAGACAGUGCCUACCAGGACGGCCGCGUGAGGGAGGGGCAGCGCCUGGAAUACUCAGAAAAUAAUGAGAACUACAUUGAAGUGCCGUUGAUUUUUGAUCCAGUCAUAAGAAAGGAUUUAACCACUGAUUUUAAAUGUGUUGUUCACAAUACGCUGAGCUUUCAGAUGCUGCAUACCACAGUCAAAGAAGCUGCCUCGUUCUCCUGGGGGAUCGCGCUGGCCCCCCUCUCGCUGCUCGUCUUGGUGUUGGGGGGAAUAUGGAUGCAUAGACGGUAUAAACACAGGACUGGAAAAGCAUAUGGUCUGACUGCAUUAAGGACUGGCCAUCAAGAUUUUCAAUCCUAUCCAAGUAAAAUAAAGGAAAUAAAAUAA